UUAUCAUUAUGGCGACUAAGAAGCCAAUGAGCAGGACUAAUUAAUGAAAAUUUUGAUAUAAAUAUCAAAAUCGCUACGGUUACUUAAAUCUGUGCCAAAUUCAAGUUAUUUUAUUUCUCCACGAGAAGACCAACCAGCAUACGAGAAUCUUAGGUGCAAACAAAAUGGCCAAAAUGCUGAAGAGCUUUGCUUUUUCAUCUCAACUGCAUUCACCUAUAUUGACUUCAAAAUCACCACUCGCUGAAUUCCAUCGAAAUUUGACUUUGAGUUCUAUUGUUUGUGGUAAAUAUCAUUACGUCAAAAAGAAGAGGAAAUUAAGAGAGGAGAAAAGAGCAAAACUCCAAGCUCGCCUUGAGAAACUCGAUCCUGAAGAACGGCCAACUGGAUGUUUGUUAUGUGAUACUGAAAUAAACUAUAAGAAUGUAAGGUUGUUAUCCCAGUUUGUAUCAUCACAUACUGGACGAAUAUAUAGCAAGGAAGCAACAGGUUUAUGUCAGCUUAAACAAAAUGAAAUAAAGAAAGCCAUUCGAAGAGCAAGAUGUUUAGGUUACAUGCCUUACACGAUGAAGUUCCUAGCAUUUCAUGAAGAUCCUAAAUUAUUUUGAAAUACAUAGAUUACAUCAAAUACUAAGAAAAGGAACACAAAUACAAGAAUAUUAUAGUUUACAAAUUUUCUAACACAGCCCAUCAGAAACAAUUUCUUUGGUCAAGAAUGCUUCUUGAUCAACUUUAAAGAAAGUUGCAAAAGGUUGACUUUUUACAACUGCACUAAAUAACACAACAAUUCGAUUUUAA